AUGGAAGAACAAAAUUAUGAAAACAGUGUGCAGUUUCCACCACUGGCCACGAAUUACAUAGCAGAGGAUGCCUAUGGAUUAAGCGGUGAUCAUCAUGCAAAUCACUACUAUGUGACUCCAGGGAGUAAUGGGAUGCAUCAUGAACGUGCUGCAGUUACUGAAUGGACUCCUUCCCAGCAAAUGCCUAAAACCUAUGUUGAGUUUCUUGCUGAGAGAGGGCACCCUGAAGACCAGAGACAAAUGCAAUACAAUGUUUCCUCAGAAAUACCUGGUUUUGGACUAGAAUAUCCUUCUCAGUUGCAAGAACAUCCUGGGCUGCGUAAUGUAGGACACUUUGAUAAAACAUUCACAGGCUUGGAACCUCAAUAUGGUGUUCAGGAACAAAAUUGGAAUGAAAGUCAUAGUCAUGCUUUUCAAGCUUAUUCAGGGUUGGGUACUGCAGCUACUGCUUCACUUGAAAGCGUCACUGAAGCUCGUCGGAGAAGAUCAAGAGCCUGUGCCACAGAUCGUUUACGUAGACUGAAAAUAUCACAUUGGUUGGAAGCAUUAAAGGAAUUGAUGCCUCAACCUGAAGUUGGUAAAGCAGCUUUGCUGGAUGUUGUCAUUGACCAUGUCAAAUAUCUGCAAAAUCAAGUGAAGGAUUUGUGUCAAAGCAGAUUGGGGGGUGAACCAAUUUCAAACUCUCUUAUUUUCCUUGAGGGGCAUGGACAUUACGUCUUUCAGGGACAGAUGCUCAACGGACCUGUGGAACAUACGAUGGGAAAAUUAAUUGAUUCUUAUCCUUCAGCAGUCACUGAGCUGUUGCAAACCAGAGGUCUUAUAGCUAUGCCAAUGGCUUUUGCAGAAGAAUUACUUGAACCCAUUCAGAUGUUUGAUCUGCAAGAAAAUGAUGUGUUUACUGUCCCAAGUGAUCGGGUGAGUAAAUUUGGUUUGCCGUGA